AUGGCGAGGUAUCUCAUCAGGGUGGUAGUACCAGGACUACCUCGACGGCCACGCUCACAGAUGGUACAAGCACCUUUGGAAUCAACACCCCCAGCCUCACCCACGACAGCAUGUCGUCUGAGCUUACUGGGACACCGUGGACACCGGAGCCUGUGGUCUGAUUGCGCGUAUUCCAACAGGCUGCCGAUGACAUAUUACAGCUCGUUGGGCGAUUUAGGUUCAAGAUGA